CUGACAUAAAAUGUUUGAUUUCACUCAAGGUUUUGCCAUUUGGGACAGCUAGAAAUCGAAAUGGAAGGGGAGGCUCCAUAUGUUGCCUCACAUGGAAACAGCAGAGCUGGAUGGGAAAAGAACAACAGUGUUUAAUUUGAACAAGUUAUAUGAAACCCUCCCUUCUAAGAUUCUUCCCCUGUAGCUCCCUUUGUCUUGACAAUGAAACCUCAAUUCAUUACUGAUAACAGUGAUAAGUAGGAAGAACCUAUCCCCCAUUGUUAUAUAAUCCCCAUUACCACCACAGAACCAAAGUGAGAGAGGGAGAUUAAAGAAGAAACCACAAAACCAACUGUCUAUAGUAUUUGGGUUGUGCAGAAACAAACAGAAGUUCAAAAGAAACAUCAAGGAGUCAAAGAUAAGGGGAAGAUGGGCAGAAAGAGAAAAGCUGGGGCUGCGGAAGCUGAAACAAUGCUGAAGCAGGAGCAACAAAGGCAAGGGAGUGAUGAGUUCCAUGAUGAUGGUGAUGACCAGGUGGAGGAGGAUGGUAUGGCCUGGGAAGAAAUGGUGAGUGAAGCAACAGGAGGAGGAGGGAGGAGAGGGAGGAAGAGGUUUGUGGGAGUGAGGCAAAGGCCAUCCGGGAGAUGGGUUGCAGAGAUCAAAGACACAAUUCAGAAGAUCAGGGUGUGGUUAGGUACCUUCGACACGGCAGAAGAAGCUGCAAGAGCUUAUGAUGAAGCCGCCUGCUUACUUCGUGGUGCUAACACGAGGACCAAUUUCUGGCCUUCUGCUGAUCCUCAUCGUCAUCACCACCACUCUCCUACCUCCUCUUCUUCAUCCCCAUCACAGCCUCCUGCAUUGCCUUCCAAGAUCACCAAACUUCUGCUCCAGCGCCUCAAUGCUCAAAACACCAGCCGUCAUCUCUCUUCCUCCUCCUCUUCAAUGGUCGUCAACAAGCAGCAGCAGAAGAAUCAGCAACAAUACGUCAUUAGAGGAACACAAGAAGGUCAGGUCGAUGAAGAUGAAGAAGAAGAAGCAGCCCCUACCGAAUUCACAGGUUUCUUCAACAAUUUCACAAACGUCAUCCCCAUCACCAGCAUUGGGAUAACUACAACAACCAAACAUCCUUACGUGGAAGCAAGCAUUGUUGAGUCAACAUUAUGUAUGAGCGGUGAUCUAAAGGAUGAUUUUUCCUAUGAGAUUGUGGAUAGCAGAUCAACAUCAGCAGCAGCAGCAGUAACAGGAUGGGAUACAGGCAAUUGUUAUGAUAGUAACUUUUACCAGCCAUUCGAUUCCAAUGCAGUACUACAGCAACAUGUAGGUGAUCAGGGUGGCGAUUUGGAUUUGGAUUUCAAUUUCGUCAACGACCUUGGAGCACCCUCCGGCGCUGCAGCAGCUCACUACUCUCCGUUCGAGAUCGCUCAAGAGAUUCAGGAGGAGCCUGUGCUGGAGUCAUAUCAUCAGAGCAACAAUAAUGGCGUUGAUGACGACGAGCCAUCAAUGCAGCUAAGAGCAGCAAUGAAGCGGAUGAAGUACGAGAGGAAGUUCUCGGCUUCUCUGUAUGCUUUCCAUGGGAUCCCAGAGUGCUUGAGGCUGCAGCUUAGUGGGUCCGCAGUGUCAUCUCCGUCUGAACAUUUAUCCAAUCUACAGAAUGUCUGCAGAAGGAACAACAAAGAACAGAGUCAGGAAAUAGAGCAGAGGGUAUUGGCCAAAGAAGAUAAAGAUGAAAGCUUUGUUAUGGUAGAUAAACAGCAGCAGAACCCACAAAGCACCACAGGUGAAGAAACAGCGCUAUGGAGCUCUCUUGAUCUGCCACCAAUCUGCUUCGUCUCAUGAUUACUCAAAACCCAAAAAUCGCUUAGCUUUCGCUUUAAGCUCACAUCUUAGCGAUACCCACUCACUAGCAUCACUUUAAUUUGAGAAAUGCUGAAGCUAUGGUUAUGGUCUCUCUGGAGUGUUAAGAAUUGGGGAUUUUUCUUUUUAGGUUAAAACCUUCAGUAGCAAAUUAGGGGAAAAGGGUUAGGAGAGCAUAAUGUAUUACAUACCUUACAAACAGUGAAUCGAUGUUAGAACUGAGAAGUGGACUCUGCUUUCCCUUGACAACGAUUUCCGGCCGCUUGAAGUAGUUACUCGGCAUCGUUAACGGCGGCCGGCAGCUCGCCGGUUUCCGCUUGGAAGUUUGAAACAAGACCGAGAGAGUAGACAGAAGCUGAAGGAGUAGUGACUGCUCCACUUGUCAGCGGGAGCUGAAUUUAGUCUAUUUAUAUUAUGGAGUUGAUUUAUUAAUUAACUAAAAUGAUCACA